UUUGGGAGUGGAAAAUCACCCGCUUUAAAACUAACGGAUUGAGUCUUCAGUAUACUGCAGUAUAAUAGUAUGUCUAGUAUACAAACUGCGUUUGAAAUGGGAACAUCUAUUAAGUGAAUAGUUUAGUGUUAUGUGUUCGUAUUAUUUUUAACCGUUUAAAUUUGUACAAAGUACAAUAGUGAAGCAAAAAUACUGCAUUCAAAUAAAGCGAGGAGAUUGUUGUUAAUGUUGUGACAAGCGCCAAAAUUUAAAAUUGUUGUCACAUAACCUAAAAAAUGGAAACACAACAUUGUUUUUUGUGUAGUGGAAUAAACAAUUACACGAUAAAGAUUAACGAAGAAAAUAGGACAAUUCAUUCUGGAACUAAUUUGUUAAUGUUUCUGAUGAUGUUGUUUGAAGAAUACAAGGAGAACUUGCAGAACAAUAGUGUGUGCGAAUUUUGUUUUGGGACAAUAAAUGAGCUAGAUUUUGCCAAAGAGAGAACCAAGACACUAUCACACAUUUUUUUAGAUUACUGGAACACUAAACGAAAUGAUCCACAGCCUGUCAUCAUUAAACAGGAAUUAAGUGAAGAAGUUAUUGAAGAAUCAUAUGAAAAACAAUUAAAAGUAGAUAAUUAUUUAGUAAAUGAUGUUCAUAUGAAUAAUAGUUCCUUGGCAGAUGAACAAGUACAAAUUAAAGUAGAAAAUCAAGAUAUUUUUGAAGAAAUUAUAGAAGAAGCACAUACUGUUAAAGAGGAGAUAGACAUUGAGGAGCAAAUUGUGCAGCAAGAUGUAGUUAAUUAUGAACAAAUAACUCUGAAUCAGCAGACAAAUCAAACUAAAAGACUAUUUUAUUGUGUAUUAUGUGAUAAACAGUUCAAGCACAAGAAAACUUUAAAUAUACAUAUGGGUGUACAUACAGAAUUUAAUGCUCAUAUCUGUGACAUAUGCAACAAAUCAUUCAAUCACAAAGUGUAUUUAUCUAGACAUAUGAUUGUACAUACAGAUACAUUUCCAUAUGAAUGUGAGAUUUGCAAAAAAAAAUUCAAACAUGAUUCAUCUAUGAGAACACAUAGAUUAACCCAUUCAAAGGAUAGACAUUUUGAGUGCAGCACCUGCAACUGCAGUUUCAAAUCAAAGAUUCAUUUGAAAAACCAUAUAAAUAAUGUUCACAUAGGUGAAUAUCAACACCAAUGUGAGCUUUGUGAAAGAAAGUUUAAGAGACGAUGUCAUCUAAAGUCACAUUAUCAAACUCAUAAAAGGAACAACUUGCAGCAUUUUUGCAGCUUCUGUGAAAGUAGCUUUAAAUUACAACGAAAUUUGAAAAAACAUAUUUUAAUUGUACACAAAGACAAAUGUAAGGGCAAAGAAAAUAUUGAGAUUCCUGAAGAUAAUCUGAUGCAGUCACAAAUCAGCAGAAGGCCUCAGGAAUUAUUUGAAUUUUAAAUAAUUAACUUUAAUUUAUUUUUUAGAUGAAAAACGAGAUGUAACUUAAAAUCAUAUAUUUUAUAAACAUAUGGAUUAUAAUUAUUUUUAUACAAAUUUAUAAUUCAAAUGCCACAAGAUAUUUUCGUCCUUUGGCCUGCAUGUUAACUAUUUAUUUAUAUAUAUAUAUUUUUGUUGAUUUAUGUUAGAAUUAAUUUACUUAUUU